AUGAAAUAUUCAUUCUUCCUUUUACCAUUCUUUUUCAUAUUCAACUUUUCACUUUCAAUUCCAUUUGAAUCUGAAUUAAUAGCUCAAAGAGAUUAUGCGGUCUUAACUGAAUUUUUUGCAGUUAUUGAAAAAACAGGUAUUGCCGUUGAUAUCAUCAAACUUUUAGCUUCUAACAAGAUAACUGAACCAAUCUUAGCUGAUGCCAUUGCCCUUUUCGUUAAAACUCAAAAUUUAGAUGAUUUAUUAGGUGCCGUUGACAGAUCAGGUUUAACUGUUGAUAUAAUUUUAAGAGCUUUACAAGAUGCAAGCUUUUUCCCUGGUUUAUACGACAUUGUUGAUGGUUUGAAGACUGGUGCUUCUACUUCACCUUCAAAAGCUGCCCCAGAUACUAUCGCUUUAGCCACUGAUUUGGCUCAAGUUGCUUCAAGCGCAAGUCAAUUUAGCAGUGAUGGAUUAUUCAGUGUUUUCAGUGAAAUUGGUGGUAAUUUAGGUAUUGGUGAUAAUGGUGGUAUUUUCUCAUACUUGAGUCCUGUUUUAUCCUUAGUUGGUUUAUCUGACACUAGAGGUUCAAGUUCAGGAUCAAGUGCUAUCUCAUUAAGUCCAAGUGCAACUGCUGCUGUUGCCAGUGUGUCUGGUGUUACUGUUGCUACUGGCACUGCUACUGCUACAGGUACUGGUACUUCAACUCCAACCACCGGUACUUCUAAAGGAUCUUCAACUACUAAAGCACCAAGCACUACCUCUGCUGCCACUUCAACUCCUACUAGUACUAGUUCAGGUAGUUCCAGUUCAAGUUCAGGAUCUAGUUGGAUAAACGGUUUAUUCAAUACCGUUAGAGGCUGGUUCAGUAAACGUGACUUUGAAGAAACUUCAUUAUCCGCUAGAAGCUUGGAUAGAAGACAAAACGAAAUCCUUGAUAAUUUAGUUGAUUCAUUAGCUAAAUCAGGUUUAGCCAUGCAAGUUAUCGUUGAAUUGAUCGAAGAUAAUUCUAUGCAUCCAUUUAUGAGAGAUUUGAUUAUCAGAAUCGUUAAACGUAAAUCUAUUACUAUUGAUUCAUUGAAGAGUGCUCUUGACAGUACUAAUCUUUUGAACAAUGGUGUCAUUGGUGCUUUAACAAGUCCAAAUCUCGGAAUCACUAUUUCUUAG